UGAGAAAUCAUCAUUAAGGUAGCUCGCUGCUAGCUGCCUACAGCCGACUUCCGAAGUGUUAUGAGCGUUGAGGCGGAAAUCACCAGAUUGUUUUAGUUCCGAUAGGUGCGACGAUGACCCUCUAACACCAAGAAUGGACAUAAGUUAACGAUGACGGGGGAGAAAAAGAAGAAAAAGCGGCUGAACCGCAGCAUUCUUCUUGCAAAGAAAAUUAUAAUAAAAGAUGGAGGAAGUCCUCAGGGAAUCGGUGAGCCCAGUGUUUACCAUGCUGUGGUGGUCAUCUUCCUGGAGUUUUUCGCAUGGGGUCUUCUCACCACCCCAAUGCUCACGGUGUUACACCAGACAUUCCCCCAACACACAUUCCUGAUGAAUGGACUCAUCCACGGUGUCAAGGGCAUUUUAUCAUUUCUCAGUGCGCCGCUGAUUGGAGCGUUGUCAGACGUUUGGGGACGCAAAUCCUUCUUGCUGCUAACGGUCUUCUUCACGUGUGCACCCAUUCCACUGAUGAAGAUCAGCCCAUGGUGGUACUUUGCCGUCAUCUCCAUGUCCGGCGUCUUCGCCGUCACCUUUUCUGUAAUCUUUGCUUAUGUGGCGGAUAUCACGCAGGAGCAUGAGAGGAGCACGGCAUACGGCUUGGUAUCUGCUACCUUCGCAGCCAGCCUGGUCACCAGCCCGGCCAUCGGAGCCUACUUGUCUGUGACCUACGGCGACACCUUGGUGGUGAUCCUGGCCACGGCCAUCGCGCUGCUGGACAUCUGCUUCAUCCUGGUGGCCGUACCGGAGUCGCUGCCGGAGAAGAUGAGGCCAGCGUCGUGGGGAGCACCCAUCUCCUGGGAACAGGCGGACCCUUUCGCCUCGCUGCGUAAGGUGGGCCAGGACUCCACGGUUCUCCUCAUCUGCAUCACAGUGUUUCUCUCCUACCUCCCUGAGGCUGGCCAGUACUCCAGCUUCUUCCUCUAUCUCAGACAGGUCAUUAGCUUCACAUCAGCGACGGUGGCUGCCUUUAUCGCUGUCGUGGGGAUCCUCUCAAUACUUGCCCAGACGGUGGUGUUGGGGAUGCUGAUGCGGUCCAUAGGCAAUAAGAACACAAUCCUGCUCGGCCUCGGCUUCCAGAUCCUCCAGCUGGCGUGGUACGGCUUCGGCUCCCAGCCCUGGAUGAUGUGGGCUGCUGGGGCUGUCGCAGCCAUGUCCAGCAUCACUUUCCCCGCUAUCAGCGCUAUCGUGUCCCGUAAUGCUGAACCCGACCAACAAGGUGUUGUCCAGGGGAUGAUUACUGGAAUUCGAGGCCUCUGUAACGGUUUGGGCCCCGCUCUCUACGGUUUUGUCUUCUACUUGUUCCACGUGGAGCUGACCGAUACGGACGGCUCCGAGACCGGUGCAAAAACCAACAUGGCCAACCCCACCGACGAGAGCGCCAUCAUCCCGGGGCCUCCCUUCCUGUUCGGCGCGUGCUCGGUGCUGCUGUCUCUGCUGGUGGCCCUGUUUAUCCCGGAGCACAUGGGGCCGGGCAUGAGGCCCGGCGCCUAUAAGAAGCACAGCAACGGGGCACAGAGUCACUCCCACAGCCCCCAGGGCAGCGGGGCCGAGGGCAAGGAGCCGCUGUUGGAGGACAGCAGUGUAUAACCACAGCUGGGGGGGAGGGGGCAGACGGCGCUCUAACCCCAACACCCCCGCACACACGGGAGAGAAAUGCACAUUUCACCACACGGACACACUCUCGCCUCAGUGCACGGAUCAGACUCGAGUGCUGCAAAGAGGUGUUUGUGUCCACGGCACAAAAGUGGGCCCUCCUUCCUUAUCAGCCCCCUUUUUUCUUUUUUUCUUUUUUAAAGCAGGGUAUUGUGAGGACUUUCUAAAGACCCUGUAUGAAGAGCGUGUGUUGACUAUUUUUUGGGCCUGCAGUGGAAAGGUGUGUGUGUGCGCGUGUCUUGCAGAGUCGGACUCUGAUCCUUGGUUUCUUUAAAGCAUAACAGAGGGGAGCAAACAGCUUGUCCUCCUCCUGGUGCAAAGCAGAACCGGAGUGAUUGGGUUUAGAGUGCGAGUGGGGUGGAUAUCAAAAGUUACUAAAUACCUGUGUGAUUCUUCAUGUUCUUCUGUAGCCAAUGGCGUGGCGACCUUUGUCCAACAGGAGUGUAACAAACGGCCAGUCGAGCACUUGACCUCUGCUGGUCUUUCACACGAUCUGAACUCAUGUCCCGACGCUCGCCUCUGCUCCGUCGACGCGUGCGAGGAGGGAAAACGGUUCUUCCUCCGAAUGCGCAGCGGCCAACUGUCCGCCUGUGAGGGGAGAGCCGCCCGCCUAACCCAGGUCAGGGUGUGUCAACCAGUUUGGGUAUAAAAAGCAUCGUAAGACCACACUUUUGUUAAAGUUCUGACGGAGAAGGAUGCGACAGAGACCACUUUUAUUAGCUGAAGCUCUUAUUCAGUGUUUAUUGCCAUUCUCUAGAUCAGUAGUACAGUUUGGGUUGUGUAGUUUCCUCUUCUCAAACUAAAGGUUGUGCUUCAAAUUUUUAGUCAAGAAACAAAUGUUGCCUCAAAGUGACUUAAUAUAUAUAUAAAUAGAUAAAUCUAUAUAUUAAUUACGUAACCUGUAUGAAGACCAAGGUCUGAAAAGGCUCUGUAAUCGUGCGCUAUCGCUCCCAUCGGAGCAGUUACGAACCUUUUAUUCCUCUUGUUUUCAUGCCCUUUCUGUUCCUUUAUCACCAUCAGGGUAAAGGCUUACCGAUCCAUAGUUUUAUUCGACAAGCCUUCGGACCAUUUGGAGACACUAUCAGCUUGUCAGUGUUGGCACUGACUGUUUAUACAUAGUGUUUCAAUUUAUAUCAUUAUGUUCAACAGAAUAUCACUCGUGCUGCUGCGGUAGAUAAUUAAAAGGUCCGGUUUGAUGUGUGGCGGAUACAAAUUUCUACAGUGGUAAUAUGAGCAGUGAAACGGUCUCAUUUAAGCUUCGGUUGUUAACAGGCACUGCAAACUUCUCAAAUCAUAAAAGGAAAACAAAUGUUUUGAUGUAAACUGGUAUCUAACUGACAUUCAACGGGCUUCGGGUUGGUCAUCGCCGGACAGGUUCUCACCUCACUUUACGCGGCUUGCUGCUUCCAGAUGAAAAAAGGCAAUGCAGGCAACGGCUGUUUUAGGCAGACGUUACAAGUGCACAUGUUUCUUUCGAGGGUUAUGUGUGAUGAGUGUUUUUGAAGCAUUUACAUUUUUCCACAAACUGCUGUUCACUGCGAGAAGCGUUCAAGUGCAGCGUUCAAGAUUCGAUUAAUGCACGCAUGCUAAUCGAGCGAUGCUGCCACAAAUUAAUACUUGAGGGGGAAAAACGAGAGACAAUUAUUUAAAAUAACUUUCCUACAAAAUGCAUGAAAAACAAACUAGAAAGUAACCAGGAAGACAAUAGAAUUAUGAUAGAAUUAUGUCCCGAAUUAAUUAGAAGGUAUCGGUCAAGAUAUUAAAUAUAACAUAGCGAAAUGUAAAACCUCACUGCGCGCAGUGUAAGAGAGCAUGAGUAAUGUUUGUUUGCUGUGGCUGGGUCACAUCUUCAUAUCGGUGGAAUGUUUCUUGGCGACAGGCGGCGCCGGUUGAGCAUGGACUGCGCCUGGUUCUGGUGUCCCGGCAUCAGUGACCCUGUGUUCCCUUUCACGUGAUGUGCGCUACCAACUGGUCAAAUCUCCCAACCCCAAUUCUCAAAAGCUGAUUCAAGAAAAGCCGUAAGUGCAUUUCAAUGGCCAAAACCAAACCGAUAUGAAUAAGUAGCUUACAAUGUGUUUCAUGCUGUUUAACAUCCAUCUGAAGGAAAAUGUACAUUAUGUUUUUGUGCCAAUUUUUAUUUUUUAUUUUUUUCAUACGGUGUGUAAGUGUGCUUGUUUAUUUGAGUGAUUUUUGCAUAUUUUUCUGUUUUGUUUUCUCUUGUCUUAAUUUUUUGGCUGAAUUCUAUAUAGAUAUAUAUCUAUAUUUAUAUAUCACUUUUUAAAACUUAUCCAGUAAUUUUUUAGGAAUCUUUUUUUCAACGUCAAAAGACCCAAUGAUGGAGAUUCAACAAUUUACCAUUCAACUUUUUUUUCUUUUUUUUUUUUUUUUAAUAACAAGCACUUCACUGUGGUUAGUUAUAUUUUCCCCAGAUUUAUCACUAAAUAAUAACAAAAGUCCCUGUAUGUUCCAAGCCGACGUGUACAUCUUUUUGCGGCGAUACUCAACCGGAAUCUUAUUUUUGUUUUCUAUUAUUUCUGAAGGGGUGUUACUAGACAGAAGUCCAUUGGUGGUGAUCUUUGAAUAUGUAAUAUCCUGUUUUUUUUAUUUAACAUUUAUUGGACCAACGCAUGGUGAACCCAUGUAUUCCGAACCCAAAUUGGUCAGAUCCAUCCUGCACCAGCCCCAUGUGCACUCGUACAGCUGUCGAGCAGAUGACUGUAAAUGUACUAAAAUGACUCGUACAGCAAGUGUAUAUAUUUAUUGCUCAAGGAGAUGGCCCCCUCUUGGUCUAUUUGGUUGUAUGGUGCAAUUAUUAUUAUUAUUAUUAUUAUUAUUAUAUAUUUCUCAAGACUUACCUGCUGGCCACUCCUGUUUUUAGUACGAUGUGGUUUGUGGCCUGAACCCCUUCUCUCUGUGUGCCUAAAUUAGCCAGGAAAUGAGUAUGGCAGGAUACGUAAAUGGUGGUUGUUAUGUAAAUAUGGGAAACUAAUGACAAACUAUUUAUUAAAGGUUUAUUGUACAAUGAAA